AUGUCUUCCCACGACUUGUUUCGCGAGUACCGGGGUCAAAUCGUGUCCCAGAGCUACAAUGCCGGCUUUGUUGCUCUCAGCUACGUCGUCAGCCUGGUCGGCGCUGGCUCGACCCUCGAGCUCAUCAACAGGAGAACUGCAUUCCGGGGUCUCUUCAACCACCUCCUGCUCGUGAGCUCUGCUGUUACCAUGGGCGGAGUAGCCAUCUGGUGCAUGCAUUUCAUCGGAAAUAGAGCCAUCGACCUUGCCAAUGGAGAGCCCGAGAUGCAAAUCGCCUACUCUAGCGGGUACACAGCCGUAUCCUUCUUCAUACCUAUCCUCGUCUUGCUAGCAGCCUUUCUCGCUAUCGGCACCAAUAAUACCGUUUCCUGGUGGAGAGUUAUUGUUGGUGGUGUUCUCUGUGGCACGGCCGUCUGCGGCAUGCACUACCUCGGAAACGCCUCUAUCGAAAACUACACCUGCGUAUAUCGACCAGCUUAUGUUGUCGGAGCUGCCUUUAUCGCUGUCGUUGCUAGCAAUGUUGCGCUCGCCAUGUUUUUCGUCUUCAGAGCCAUGUGGGCUAACGCGUGGUGGAAGCGAGCUAUCUCAGCUGUUUUCCUUGCAGGUGCGGUAUCAGGGAUGCAUUGGUGUGCUGCUAUGGGAACUCAAUAUCGGCUUAAGAACAUCAAGCCUAAAGGCAACGAGCCCUCAAGGAGCGCAACUGUCAUCGUUGUCAUCUGUCUUUCCCUUGGCGCUUGCUUCAUCAUUGCCGUCUCUGCCAUUCUUCGGGCAAGGAAUAUAAGGAAGUCGGCACUCCGAGCCCAACAGAUCACACUAGGCGCAGCCGUCUUUGAUAAUAGCGGUAAAAUCCUCGUCGAUCCCGAUGGAUUCAUUCCCAGCACCGUCGUUACCGACUCCUUCUUGGAAAAGAACGCCAAGGGAGGAUUCGGCAUCGGUCACCCACUUUUCCAGUGGAUGUUCCAAGCGUCGAGAAACUGGGGCAUAAUCUCAAUCCUAGUCGGCGGCAUGAGGCAGCAUGUAUCACAGCUGCCGCACUCGGGCACCCAUAAAGAUAGACGGCGUGGUCUUCAGCUCAUUAGCGAGCACGGCGAGAUGAUUGAGCGGUACGACGUCAUCUUCAGGGAGUUAUUUUGCCUCGCCGCAGUAGCGCUAGCAGACCGACUCAGAGAGGAUCUUACUUCAGUAGGCGUCUUGUGGGAUGAGAUUCUUCCCACAGGAGCAAACGACAAGUGGUCACAGACAGUGCCUCACAAAAACACUCAGGAAAGUCCCGGAUCGGGAAACGGAGGCGUGCACGAAGGCGAACAGGGCGGUGUUGACAUGGCAGAAAAAGGCCUCGAAGCCUGGCAACCAGACUCUGGACUCGGAUCGCUGAUGUUGCUCAUCCGGCGCGUUGAGUCAGACCGAGACGCCGAGCGCUUCGUGUCGGCUGGCUAUCGUUUCGCUGAGCCUCAUCAGGUGAGCGGCAUUAUCAGAUCGAGGAUGCAGAUCCAGACUCCAGAAUUCGAGACGAAACUUCGAUCCAUGUCGACGUAUACGACAGAGCAGAACCAGGUGCUUCCGGGAGUUCAUCUGGGUUUCUUUGCCGUCCGAGCCCGUGUCAGCUCUGGGUUUGAGGUCCUGGUUCGAAAGGGUGCCCGCCAUCUACUUCCAUCCAUGCCUCUUCCGACCAAGGCUCUCGAUAAGUGGCACGUGCAGUUUCUCAGGAGGUUUGAGAACAUGUCUGUUUCCAAUGUACUCCAGGGUUUGGAGGAGGCGGCCUCACUGCAACGAAGCGCCCAAGAGACAGAGUUUGCAGGUCAGCUCUCGGACACAAUCAAAGCGCUACGGGAGUGGACGCAGGAGCUCCUAUUUAAAGACGCCGUCCUCAUGUCCACCAUCGUUCGCGUACCCUGCCGAGAUGACGGAGGGCAGGCAGAUGCCACCAUGAUCGCGAUGCGACUGGUGAUUCCCAUUCACUCGGUACUCUUGAGUCAAAACUGUGAGCUUGUGCCUCUCGGCUUCUUUAAGAUGCUCCAAGUAUCGGCGCAGUUUCGACAAGAGUUCACCCGAGACGUGCAUCAAGAGUUUGGGCAUGUUGCAAAGCUCGGGGACGGGCGUGAAGAAUCUCAACCCAGCUGGCACGGACGGUCAGCCAAGUUCUGGCCGUUUGGACGGAUCGACAGUUCAGUGGCGACCAAGUCAAACAGUGGGAUCAUGGCGACAGUGGGCGGACGACGAUUCUCGUUGCCCGAUUCCACACGGUCUGGUUCGACGAUUAACCUUUGGCCGUCUGGUAAUGUCAACCGGACAAGGUCGGUGGACUCGGCAGAUGGUUCGGGCACAUAUCCGGCAGCACAGGAAGAUGAAGCUCAGGCGACGCCAUCGUACGGGGGAAUCAUGGUGUUUCAAGAAAUCUCGAUUGAUGUUGAAGAAGGAAAGGCAAGGGGAGAGGCAGGCCCUGAAUCUGACGGCUCCGGCGCCGUCAUGAUCGAACCGACCAAGUCGAAACCAUCGCUGGCGGCAGGGAUCGAGCUACAAUUGAUGGGCCAUGUCGGAAGCAAUGUGCACGCGGGCUCACAGGCACUGGUGUCUAUCGACAUUGCGGCACGUAAGGGAUUUGUAGGCCCUGCAUCAUCUUUUGUGGAUAUACUAUUUGCUGAAACUGUUGAGAGC